AUGGUAAUAUUAAAUAUGGGUUUACCAGAUCCUGACCACCCUAAUGAGGAAUUAAUAGCAACAAACCAGAACGUUUUUGUUGUUACUGAUGAGGAUUCGGACCAAGAAAUGAGUAUAUCCGAUUCUAUACAAACUUACACACAAUAUCAACCUUUAUCAACUUUUUCUAAUGAAGAUAUAGAUACUGUUUCUGAUGAUGAUACAGAUAGUGAUAAUAAUGAAAACUCUGAAAUAACUGCAUCGUCGACUAUGCCUGCACCUUCUAUUGAUUCCAUGGAAUCAAUUCUCGUAAAAGAAGUGUGGUCAGAGUCUUCCACUAAAGUUUGUGAUAUUGAAAUGGAUAAUAAAAAAGUAGAUGAAGUUAAACAACUUAUGUUGAAUAUAACCCUACCUCCUAGUGCAAUUCCUGAUUGGGCUGCAAAAAUUCCAGAAGAGGAUUGGAAAAGUCACUUGAUGAGUAGGUUAGAAAAAACUAAAAAUAAUCUUUAAAUUACAAUACAGUGUGAAGGCACCUUUAUUUUAAUGAUUAUUUUUUUAUAGAUAUAUUUUAAAUUAUAAAUAAAGUUAUCUAAAAUUUUCAUUUUCAAUUGGAAAUACUUUGAAAUAGUUUUAAUUUGUAAAUUAUGUUAUCAAAAUAUGAAGAAAAUAAAGUUUGCUGCAAAAA